UGCCUCUUGAUGGGCCACUAGAUACACAGGACACAGAAUGGCUUGACGUUAAUGGUGCAUCUGCGUUUUCUGCGAUUUCUCUCACAUUUUUAUCUAUGUACGUACUCCGCAGCCGAACAGAUUUUUCCUCAGCAAAUGUAGGAGAAAGGGAAAACAAGCAAAGCCACAACAAGUGCAACUGUCCCCUCUCAUAUUGCGAAAGGUUUUUACCAACGGCUCUGCGACGGUGUGAGGUUUGCAGGAACCAACUGCACCGUUUACCCCGAAACUUCAUCUGGUUACGCUAAGUGAACUGAAUUAUCUGUGAAUUCUCGCAGUGAGUUGUUUUAAAGUUAUCGCGAAUUUACUUAAAAGUGCGCGAAAAAAAGAUAUUUUAACGCCAACAUUGAAGGUGUAAUUACUUAACACUUGCAACAUGGCUGCUGCGGGGACGGCAGCGAGAAAAGUUUAACACUGACGUGGGAGAAGUUUUAUGCGAAUGCUAGUUGGUACAUGAGUUGUUGUCCAGAUAAUAAAGUCGUCAGCAGUCUUCCCCGGCCUGACACCGCUUUCCCCGGACUUAGAAACCAGUGGAUGAACCGUGCGAGAGCCUCCUCCUCCUCUGUAGUCACCGCCGACAGUCACUGCAGUGGACUUUUGUGGGGAAACUGUGGUGUCUUCUUCUCCAUCGUAAAGCUGUGCUGGCGUUAAAAGGACUUAUCGUCUUGCAUUAGCAGACAGUGUUUGGAGCUAAAGGAAAAUGCAUUUUUCCAUACCCGAAACGGAGGUUCGUUCGGGGGAAAAUGGAUCAACCUAUGUGGCUUACAACAUCCAUGUCAAUGGUGUCCUGCACUGUCGGGUACGCUACAGUCAACUUCUUGGCCUCCACGAACAGUUAAAGAAAGAAUAUGGCAGCAAUGUGGUGCCUGCCUUCCCCCCAAAGAAGAUCUUCACACUGACUCCUGCUGAGGUCGAACAGAGACGGGAACAGCUGGAGAAAUACAUGCAGGCUGUACGUCAGGAUCCUUUGCUUGGAGCCAGUGAGAUGUUCAACAGCUUCUUAAGGAAAGCACAGCAGGAGACACAGCAGAUUCCCACAGAAGACGUUGCUCUCGACAUCUGCCUCUCCAAUGGUCAGAAGGUUACAGUCAACAUUCUGACCUCGGAUCAGACGGAGGAUGUCCUUGAUGCUGUUGCAACAAAGCUUGACCUUCCGGAUGAUCUUGUUGGUUAUUUCAGUCUUUUCCUGGUUCGAGAAGGUGUGGAUGGAGGUUUAACAUUUGUGCGGAAACUGCAGGAGUUUGAGCUGCCUUAUGUAUCCAUCACCAGCUUGCGGAGCUCUGAAUUUCACAUACUCCUACGGAAAAGCUACUGGGACAUGGCGUACGAUAGCGAUGUGAUGGACAACAGAGUCGGCCUAAAUUUGCUAUAUGCCCAGACAGUGUCUGACAUUGAGCGAGGCUGGAUACUUGUCAACAAAGACCAGCAUAGGCAGCUCAAAUCACUGCAGGAGAAAGGCUCCAAAAAAGAGUUCAUCCAUCUAGGUCAGACGCUCAAAUAUUAUGGCUAUAUCAAGUUUGACCCAUGUAUUACUGACUUCCCCGAGAAGGGCUGCCAAGUCAUCGUCAGUGCCGGCAACAACGAGCUCAACUUCCACGUCAAGCUGCCCAACGAACAGAUGAAGGAGGGAAGCUUCAAGGUCACGCGCAUGAGGUGCUGGCGAGUCACAUCCUCUCAAGUCCCAAUAGCGAAUGGUACAGCCAAUCCCUGCAGCUCAGCCAAAUGCGAGGUCAAGCUGGAGCUGGCCUUCGAGUAUCUGAUGAGCAAGGACCGCCUCCAGUGGGUCACCAUCACCAGUCAACAGGCUAUCAUGAUGAGUAUCUGCCUUCAGUCUAUGGUAGAUGAAUUAAUGGUGAAGAAGUCAGGUGGCAGCAUAAAAAAGAUGCUGAGGAAACGACACAACGGCUCGAUCCUCCGAACAGACAGUCAGCAAGCUGUGAAAUCUCCCCCUCUGCUGGACUCCCCUGACCCAAACCGUGAACAAAUCGUCAAACUUUCAACCAAGCUGAGCUCAGUGUCCCUCCGAGGGAUCAGCGCCUCCAACUCGGCAAAUGACAUCAGCGGCAAUGAUUUCCACGGCAACUAUGCUUUCGAGGGAAUUGGGGACGAUGACCUGUAACACCUUCACCACCCCUCCACCUCCCGAUCCCUCCUCCCCGCUUCAUUCCAUCCGUCAACAACUGGGAUGACAAAGAUUAUGAGCUGAGCUGAGCCGAGCCGAGCAGACCACACACACACGCAUACACACUUGUCUGAUUCUGCAAGAUUGUAGCUUCUUCUGGAGAAAUCGCUGCCUUAAGCUCUCAUUUAAUCUUUGACAGUUUCCUUUCUUUUAGACUUUUAAAAGUUCAUUUGUAUUUGAGUUACUAUCAUCAUAUUCAAUUGAAACUGUGUCCCCAUUUUCAUUAGACUUGUAGCAACAUACAGCACAUAGCAUGUAAAGCUACAGGUACUCAAGUAGGGAUUCUUUCUGUAUGUUACUGUCUGACAAAAUCUCACACAGAUUACUGUUUCAUCGACAGUAUGUGUGAAGUUCUAUAAUGCAGUUAAGUUCUUGAGGUACAAAGGUAAAUUAAUAUAUUAUAAACUACAUGAAGAAAACUUGCUAGACCCUAGAUUACCCCCUCAUCCCCCCACCAGUGGCUGCAUGUUCCUUUUCCAACCAGAGAGCCAAAUGUUUAGUUAGACCUGGCACUAGUGAUAAUACAGCAGAAACUGGAUGCAGAUAGUUCUCUGAAUGACCCAGAGUCCAGCGAAUGUGUCAAAAUUGAUCUCAAAACUGUAGACUGUCCAGAGCACCUGCUUACUUAUAUGGAUUAUUAAUGUUUAGCUUGGCUAUAUACCAAAAUGUCAUGUUUUUAUACUGUUAGUGAUCCUCUAUGUGCCAUGCUAUUCAUGUGCCAAAUCAGUAAAUAUCUUAACAAGAUUACCAGUGGUGUUUUCAGCUUAUGUUUGAGGCACAGUCACUCAUACUGCCUUCAGAAAUAGUCUGAUGCCUUAACUUUUACUUUUUUUGCCUCAUGGGUUACUUUGACAUUCAACACAAACAUUGGUCCAAACUUCAUAUAAAUGUCAGUGUAAGCCGGUGUUUCCUAGAAUCUUGCAGAACUUGAUAGAUGGUUGAUUUUGGCCAAGCUGCUUGCACUUGCUGAACCCAUCAUUUUGCACAGUAUUAACAGGUGGGGAUGAAUGUUUGAGUGGAAGCUUGAGCAUGACUUUAAACAUUUUGUGGAGAUUUUGUUUUUCCAAGGGGCUCUGUAAAUCCAUCUGUGAUCUCUCUCUUUUUUUUAACCAAUUUUUUAAGGUUUCUCAUAAAUGCCAAAUUAUAGUUUACUAAAGCAUUUUGCACAAAAUAAACAUAAAAAAUUAUGACAAUGUCACUUUUUAUAUUAUGUACAUGCAAUUAAGUAUUCUGAACAUUUACUAAUAUCUUUAUCAUCAUAGCCUAUUGUAAUCAAAGAGAUCAAAUGUAAUCUAAGCUGUAUAGAACAAAUUUAAAUGGACUAACAUUUAUCAUUGUUUACAUAAUGUUUAGGGGACUUUUUAGGUAAAAUGGAAAGUGUUUACAAAUUUUGAGUCUGAUUUCCUUUGUCUUGUUCUUUUUUUGGGGGCGAGUGAUGGCAGAGCAUUCUUAUGGGCUUCAGUUUAUUGAAAUUUGUAUGUACAUUUGUGCCAAUCAUCUCAGAGGAUUUAGCUUAAAAAGGUGCUUCGGUGAAGUGGCUAAUGUGAUCACAAUUGCUGGUGUGAGUUAAAUUCACAGAGGGCAGGCAACAAAAUGAACAUAUCCCGCUGUUUAAUAAGACGUGUCAUUCCAGUGUUUUUUUUUGUUUGUUUGUUUGUUUGUUUUUUUAAUCGCUGUUGACUUCAGUUGUUUUUAAAAAAGCUGCAUCUUGGCGUGUUUUUAAAGCCUCUAAAUGUAAAUCAAUGCCAACCUAUCAACAGCUUUACUCUCACUGGUAGCCACAGCUGUAAACAAAAUGUUCUCAAUACAAAAGUCUUGUUCUUUCACUGCUGUGCUUCUUGUUUGUCUUCCGUUGUACUUUUAGUAGAGGGAUGUGGACACCACCAGCCAUCUUUAUUUUCUCUGUUCCUGUCAGUACCAAGCACAUGGAAGCUGCGGGAUCCUGGAUGUUAAUAAAUGUGUAGGUGCCAAAUUACACGUUAAGUGCAUUAACGUCAGCAUCACUAUUAACAAAAUGUCAAAUUUCAUGAAGAUUGUAUUGACUUGAAUCAUUCCACUACUUUUCAGUUUGAUUCUAGUGGUAAAGGUCGGUGACAACUGUCUGGUCUGUUUGUCAUGAUGCUAAAAUAAACUCAGACAUUAGAUGA